AUUAGUUGACCGUGAUCAAAGUGCCGACCACAUAACACAUUCAAAACAUCGUACACAAGACUUACAUGACAAAUUUUGUUUCAAUAUUAUUCAUUUGACUCUUAUGGCAGCCAGACAGCUAUUAAAAAACCAACUGCUUGAACUUGGGGAUGAAAACGCAAGUAUGGACGCGACUGUUAAUUGUAAGGAAAUUAAAGAAGUCGGGAAAUUAGCUCGUUCUUUGGGCGACCAGUUGUUGUUCUCGACUCCCGAAGUCAAACGCCACCAAAAUGAAAGAGAAAGGUCGAAUCAAAUAAAUUGGUUGUCAAAAUUUAUAGAAGCUUUUGACGUGACUCUGGAAUGGCUUGAACACAAAGGUCAAAAUAUGUACAUGGGUGCAAAAAAACUAGAGCAAAUAUUGAGAGGACUGUAUAAUUUAACAGAUAUCGGGAACAACGCUCAAAUCUUCGUGAUAAUGGAAAUAGCCAGCGCAUUUCUGACAAGCGAUCAAGAUCCGUUUCCAGGAAAGCGUCAAUACAUAGUGCAGUGUUUGGAAGAUGUCAAAGACCACCAGAAAUCCAUUGAGCGUUUAGUCGCAGAUGCGAGCAGCUUGCUUCAAGAAAUGCUUAAAGAUAGUGAAAGCAUCGAUUUCCUAAAGGGCAUGCAGUUUGACAACAUCGUUAGGGAAGCUAAAACGAAGAUCAAUAUGUGUAGCCGGCGAUUGAACGGGGCAGAAAAAGCUAUUUAUGAGCUUGCUGGUAAAAUGAAAACCAUUAAAUGGAGUUGGCGUGGUAUGCGUGGUGCAGGUUGGGUGUUCACUGCUUUAUUUCUGUUCAAGCGAUAUCAGGAAUCCAGUCAUUCGUCAUUGGACCUGUUGCUGUUUGGUGGGCUUACCCUGGUCGCGGGUGGCCUAUGGAUGUGCCUAUUUCCAAGCAGAGAGAGCGUUUUCUAUGAGUCUAUUGCAAAACUCGAAUCGCAACACUGUUUGUUGAAGGAGAAACUGGAAGAUUUGCGCAUAACCUUGACUAGCGCUAAAGAUUUUAGAGAUGGACCUUUGAAAAACAGGGGUCAUCCCAGUUAUGAUGUUCCUGUAGCCUACAAUUUACAAUAUUGAGCAAUGUCAAUUGAGCCACGAAGUGUUAAUACUGGAUGUAAUAUUGUGAGAUUUCUCCCCUUUUAUUGCUUUGUCAUACUACUUUUAUACAGAUCUUUACUUAAUUAUAAUAUACGUAAUAUGACGUACGAAAUACUAAUAAUUUACAUAAUAACUACACUACACCUCUCCCCAAACUAAUUAAAUAUAUUUUUUUUUGUA